CUCAUUUCUAUCCACCUCGCCUUCCGCCCCACGAUGAGCUUCAAUGCAGAGAGAACGUUCGUGGUCGCUGCACACGAGCCGCCCGCCGCGCUUUCACCUGACUCGCCGUCUGAAACGGAGAAGCUUCUCCUCGACUUUCUCCUCGGAUUCCGACUGGGUGGCGAAUUUAUCUACAGAGAUAAAUUGAGAGCCAAUCUCCUAUUGAAACUGCAUAUGCUCGAGGUCGAUCUGCGGCAUCUAAGUCUCUACAACGACGAGCUGGCACACGCGAUCCAGGACGCACCUGCCGACAACAUCCCUUUGUUCGAGAACGCUGCGACCAAAGCAGCGCGUUCCAUCCUCUUUCCCUUGGUCGCCGUUGGCAGCGCAGAAGAGAAGAGGAAAAACGUAGAAGACGCGGCGGAAGCGAUCCCCGGUAUGCAGAUCAGUCUCCGCUCAGGCCUCAACAUGCUGCAAUUCCGUGACCUUACCGCGGACACUAUGAACAAGCUCGUGCGGAUCCCCGGCAUCGUCAUUUCUGCCUCGGUGCUGUCGUCCAGAGCGACGAAGCUGCAUCUGCAGUGCCGCUCCUGCGGAACACCGAAGAUGAUAUACCCGUCGGGGGGAAUGGGUGGUGUAGGUGGUGGUUCGGACCGAGGCUUGCCUCGAUUUUGCGAGGGCCGGGACGCAGGGGGGAAGACAACUGACUGUCCGACCGACCCCUUCCUGAUCAUCCACCCCAAGUCGACAUUUGCCGAUCAGCAAACACUCAAGUUACAAGAGGCGCCAGAUAUGGUUCCCGUUGGAGAACUUCCCAGGCACAUGCUUCUGUCUGUGGACAGGUUCUUGACGGGUCGAGUCGUGCCCGGGUCGAGAGUAGUUGCCACUGGAAUUUAUACCACCUUCCAAGCUGCCAAGAAUAAAAAUGCGGGCGCAGCAGCUCUGCGACAGCCAUACCUUCGAGUGGUUCAUUUAGAAAUGUCUUCUGGUCCUAUAAGUGGCUCAGGCUCGAACCCUUUUGGUCUGCAGUUCACGCCGGAGGAAGAGGAGGAAUUCGGAGCAAUGGCACGGAGCGAAGGCUUCUACGAGCGGUUUGCGAAGAGCGUCAGCCCUAGUGUCUAUGGCAGUUUAGAUAUCAAGAAGGCGAUUACAUGUUUGCUUUUCGGAGGCUCAAAGAAAGUCCUGCCAGAUGGAAUGCGCUUGAGAGGAGAUAUUAACGUGUUGUUACUGGGAGAUCCGGGAACAGCGAAGAGUCAGCUUCUCAAAUUCGUGGAGAAGGUUGCGCCUAUUGCAGUCUACACGUCUGGCAAGGGCUCUAGUGCUGCUGGUCUGACUGCUUCUGUACAACGCGAUACUGCUUCCCGCGAAUUUUAUCUGGAAGGUGGUGCGAUGGUGCUUGCGGACACUGGUGUCGUCUGCAUUGACGAAUUCGAUAAAAUGCGAGACGAGGACCGGGUUGCUAUUCACGAGGCAAUGGAACAACAGACCAUCUCAAUCGCCAAAGCUGGUAUAACGACUGUGCUGAAUUCCAGGACGAGCGUUCUCGCAGCCGCAAAUCCCAACAUUGAUUUCCAAACGACGAUCUUGUCUCGAUUUGACAUGAUCUUCAUUGUCAAAGAUGAGCAUAAUGAACAGCGCGACAAGAUGAUUGCAAAAUAUGUCAUGAACACGCAAAUGGGACGGUCGGAAGACAACGCUGACCGGGCGGUGGGAGAGCUCAGCUUGGAUUUGAUGAAGCGAUACAUCGCUUAUUGCAAAAGCAAAUGUGCUCCACGACUAUCAGCAGAAGCGCAGGAGAUGUUGAGCAGCCAUUUCGUCAGUCUGCGAAAGCAAGUUCAGCAGGUCGAGCGAGACAACGACGAGCGCAGCUCGAUCCCCAUCACCAUCCGGCAGCUCGAGGCCAUCAUCCGGAUAUCCGAGUCGCUCGCCAAGUUGACGCUCUCGACGUCGGUGCAGAACCACCACGUCGAAGAGGCCAUCCGGCUGUUCAAAUUCUCGACCAUGGAUGCUGUGGCCGCUGGGUCGGCCGAUGGCUUGUCACGCGGGGAGCUGAAUGAGGAGAUCGUGAAGAUUGAACGGGAGCUGCGGAGGCGGCUGCCUCUGGGCUGGAGCACGAGCUACCAGAGUCUGGUGCGCGAGUUCGUCACGCAGCAGGGGUACUCCAGCCACGCACUGGAGCGCACGCUCUUCGUACUAGAGAAGAGCGAUGUCAUCCGCUUCACCGGCCAGAAGAAAGUGGUCCAGAGGGUCGGUGUUUGACGACUUUGUGUGUUUAAUGUAUCGUAUAGCUUGUUUUGUGUAAAUAAAUAUGUACUGCUAUCCGUCCAAACUGUCGCCCUCCAGUCCAAAUAUCUGCA